AACCAGAACUUGUCGUCUGCAGAAAAUGGCGCCAAACUUGAGUGAAUAAGUCGUCUUCAUCUGAAAGAGGCUCCUUGCCAGAGAUGAAGCACUCAAAUGUCAAGUAUGCUCCAAGGUUUCAACCGAAGUUCAAGUUCAAGAUACCAUCAGUCCCCAACAGCCGUAGGAACCCACUAAAAUCAAUACAAGUAUCUACGCGGGGAGGAUCAACUAAUGCCACAAGUCCUGAACUUCCCGUUGUGAAACCGCUGAAUGGUACUGCCACCACAAAGCCAAAGUCAAAUGCAGACCCUUCAACGAAUGUGACUAGUAGGCACAAGAAGAUGAAGGGAAAUAGGAGGAAAAACCAGCCCUUGGCUGAAGCCUUACCUUCGAUUGCUGAAAGCGAUGAAGACAGGACAAUAGAAGACAUCUUACAGACGGCAGACAUCACCAGUGAACAGGGCGAGUCAGUGGAUACAGGUGUUGCCCCUUGGUGUAUAUUUGGGGAUUCACAACCUCAAGAUGGUCAGCCAAGAAAGGAUCAAGGUCUACCAUCAAAGGUGUUCGACUUUCCUCAUUCUCCAGGAAGAGGGAAGCAAAAGAGCAAGUCUAAAAACUUGAAGAAGGAAAGACAGCGGAAAAUCAAGUCCAACUUGCUGAGGACCAUAUUCAAGACUUGCAAAGAGAUCAAGAAGAUCAAAGAAAGGAGGCAGAAACUACUUGGUCCUGAAAACACAAAGCAAGUGGCCCGCUUUGUCCAGUCUGCCUCCAUUCCUGUCACAGUCAGUACAGCAGCAAGGAUCAACAUAAACAGCAAGUACCAGGUUGCCCCCAGCAGCAGUGUUGAAGAAGAGUCCUUUGGCAUGAGGGGUGCCACCUUGGAGAAGAAGUUACCGACAGCUGUGAGCCAAGCCUUCCUGACAGAGGAGUGAUACUGUGCCUUUGAUACCUCAGACUGACUUGGCAGACUAAACACAAUGCAGUGUUUAUGAAGGCUUUAUCCUUGAAAUAUGUUUGGAGCAAGCUGUACAUGUGUGUAUGUAGUUGCAUGGUUCCAGUAUGUAAAUUACAAAGCUGGUUGGCCAGCAAAGAUGUAAAGGGUUUUUCUGCAGUUUACAAGUUAUCUCAGCACAAAGUGUUUGGUUUAAUUCAGUUAACUUUGCAGGACUGUCCGACAUAUGAAUUUUUGCAGUUACUGUAACAGUUACAAAAUUUGGAACUACAUGUAUUUACUGAUGUCAACAUCUUGUUUCUGUUUCUAGAGGGUGACCUUCAUUCACACUCAUUGCAAGUGCAUGUACCGGGUAACAAACAAGUACACAACCUUUCACUUAAAAUAUAUUUUUACUGCCUUUUGUUUUCACAAAAACAAUUUCCAUUAGAACUGAGUUAGAGUAACUACCGGUGUCCAGUAGUUGACCAUUGUUGGAAAAUCUCGUCUCUUUUCAAUUUAUUGUCAUUACCUUUCUGUCUUAUAUAUAAAAAAAUUCAGUUAAGUCCAUUCCAACUUUUAUGACACUUUUAUUACGAGACUUUUAAACUUAAAACAACUAAUGACAAUAAUAUGAUACACACAUGGCUAAAAUAAGUAUGUGAUACAGAAAUUUCAGGAUAAUCUAAAGCCAACUACUCUUGGAAAAAAAUGGACACUUUAAUGUCAGUAUUUUAAAAAAUCAAUGUUACAAUUUUACUUUUAGUCUUUCAAUAAGAAAAGACAGAGUUAAAACAGGUUAACACUACCUAAAGAAACUGUAUACUGUAUAUUCACAUAUUUCCCCAUCAAACUGUGUAUAACAAUGUGAAUCACUGCCAUUGCACAAUACUCCAUUUUACAGAUUUUGUCAAAAACAACUAGUCUGGAACCCACCCUUGAACAGACAAAAAAAGUCUGCUCCCUUUUCCUUAAAGUUUCAUCAGCUUGUUGAUGUUUGUUAAUAAAAAUCCAGUUGAAAAGUAGAACACUUUCACAAACUGACUGACCAACAUUACUCAGUACUGUUAUACUGGUAAUUAGUUCUUAUGACAGGUAUGACACACUUAUUUGUAUUACUCCAAAUAUGGUUAUUAGUUAUCAUCUAAGGUAUGACACACAUAUUUAUAUUAU